UCGACGCCAUAUGCACAAAGAUAGGCACCACCAUGACCAUGGACAACUUGGUGCGGUGGUUGAUUGUUUUAGUAGUGGGGACCAUGGUCUGUACGGAAGCACUUGAUCUCGGAAGAGUUGCCCGUAAUAAUCAAGAAAAAGUACAGGGAGAAAAUAUACUAAAACGUGAAAAGAGACAGACUGUGGCAAGCACAUUUUUUCAAAGGCACUGUCAGGGUGAAACAGUCAUUCCAACGUGUGAUCAAACGCAAGGACUUAGUAUGUACAUUUUGGAAGCCUGGUAUGGGGGAGUAAGUUGUAAUCCACCUGAUAUGUAUUUUGACACAGCUACUGCCCCAUGUGGGACUGAUGUUACAACUACAGUGAAAGGAUUAUGUGAUAAUUUAUUCGAGUGUAUGAUUUUAAUUGACGAUACAACAUUGGGGCCGACUAACUGUUCACCCGCUCAAGAUAAGGAUUUGUUCUUGGAAUACGACUGUGUGAGAGCAAGAGCUGUUGUAAUGGGAAUUCCUGGUCCAACCGGACCAAAGGGACCGACAGGCAUGAAGGGAGAAAGCAUUGCAGGAGAAAAGGGAAUGAAAGGCGAUCCGGGAACCAAAGGCUCAAUAGGAAUGAUAGGUCCCCAGGGAAUGGAUGGUGAAAAGGGUAAAAAGGGCAGAAUAGGAAAAAAUGGUAGAAUAGGACGUAGGGGCAAAGAUGGAGAAACUGGAGAAAAAGGACAAAGGGGAUUUAAGGGAGCAACCGGUGUCAAAGGGAAUAAAGGCAUGAAGGGUUAUAAAGGCAUAAAAGGACAAAAUGGAUCGAAAGGUCACACAGGAAUGAAAGGACAUAAAGGCAGCAAUGGAUACAAAGGCCUGAAGGGUAACAAAGGUUACAAAGGUCAAAAGGGGUUAAAAGGUUAUAAAGGACUAAAGGGUUACAGCGGAAGCAAGGGGUUGAAAGGCAUCAAAGGAAAUGACGGACAAAAGGGGUAUAAAGGUUUAAAGGGAGAAAAAGGGUUCAAAGGAUACAAAGGACAAAAAGGAUAUAAGGGUAGCAAGGGAAUGGAGGGAUUGAAGGGAUAUAAAGGCAAAAAGGGUAAUAAAGGUUACAAAGGUAAAAAAGGAUACCAAGGUGACAAAGGACAAAAAGGUUAUAAAGGUUACAAAGGACAAAAAGGAUAUAAAGGUAUAAAGGGAAUUAAAGGAAAUAAAGGAUACAAAGGACAAAAAGGAUUAAAAGGACAGAAAGGACAUAAGGGAUAUAAAGGUUACACAGGACAGAAAGGGUUAAAAGGGCACAAAGGACAUAAAGGUAUUAAAGGCUAUAAAGGACAAAAAGGAACUAAAGGUCACAAAGGAAUAAAGGGAUUUAAAGGCGACAAAGGUCAGAAAGGGUACAAAGGUAAUAAAGGAGUAAAGGGGUUCAAAGGCCAAAAAGGGAUGAUAGGACAAAAAGGAUAUAAAGGACAAAAGGGUACUAAAGGUUACACUGGUCAAAAAGGCUAUAAAGGAGGAAAAGGACAAAAAGGAUAUAAAGGUAUCAAAGGAAUGAAAGGAUACAAAGGAUUUAAAGGCGAAAAGGGACAAAAGGGAUACAAGGGCGGAAAAGGA